AUGUGCAUGCCCCAGGCUGGAAGGCAAAUGAAUGUGGUUGCGGAUCUGACCAGUCACAUCAAGGUGAGGAAAAGCCCAGGUCUUUUCAUCUUUGGAGCCAUUCCGGUGGAACAGUCCAAGAUGCCGCAGAAGAAGCAAGAGGAAAAGCAAGAGGAACAUGACUCCGAGGAUGAGAACUUGACCUUGCAGCAAUUGGUUCCUUCUGAUCCUGCUCAUCCUGCUUCAGACAAGAAGCCAAGGAAAAAGAGAUCCAGACAUGCCAAAUCCCUCAUCUUGAUGAAACAGAAUUUAGCUGAAUCUGAGGUGACGUACUCGGUCUUUUUGCGUGCUCACACCAAGGCGGCUCCUUUGGCUGGAGCCGCGCAUUGCGACAGUGGCGGAUGGGUGGCAGUUCAGAAUGGUUUGCUUCAGGGCAACAUGCCUGAGUGCGCAAUCUGCAAGGAUAUCUUCGCAAAAGCAGGUUUGGAUGCACAAGAGUGCAUGAAACAAGUGGAGCUGGCAUUAGAUAGCAGAGCGGCCUUGCAGGAUCACUGGGAGUUCCAGGAGAAUCGUGACAAGAAACAGAAAAGGCAUCAUCCUUUCAACACAGAUGGCCUCACUGGAGAGCAGCUUGUGGAGAAUGAUGACAACAUGGAGUUUCUUGCUAGAGGCUCACACAACAAGAAGAUUCCAGUGCAAUGCAAUGCAUGUGUCCGUCCACAUGGCAAGCAUGGUCCUCGAGCUAUCUUUGACUUGAUCAACUUGAAGUAUGACCACUGGUACUACCAGCAUGUGCUCAGUGCCACCCACAUCAGAUAUACCCAAGAUCAAAAGGUUUCAGGCGUCAAGAACGAAGAGUCUCAACUUCAGUGUGCAGGCUGGCAGAUGAGCAAAGCCAUGCUAACUUGUCGUCUUUCCAGGCUUGGGGAAGGCUUGGUGGAAUACGCCACAGUCACAAGUACAGAAUCAACAGAGCACAUGAACCGAACGAUGCACUCCUUCAAUGUGAUUCAAGGGAAAGACGUUGUCAUCAAGCACAGGAAUUGUGCAGGGCUGGCCUCCACAGUCAGCCAAGGGCAUCCCAUGUGCCCACUUUGCUUUGACAUUGGCCAGAACAGAAACAUUGCCCAUCAAACUGCAAAGCUUUUUGUGAAGACCUUGGCAGCUCGACUCUUGAGUUGUCGGCUGUUCUCGAUUGAAGCAGAGCAGGAUCUCAUCCAGGAGGCACGGAAAAGCAGUGUCUACAAAGCCGGCUGGCAGGCGGCGCUGGUGAAAGUUUUAAAGAUGAAAGUCUCCCAGCUGCAGAAAUUUGUCCGGACAUCUUGGCUCUCCUUGGGAGAUGAGUGGAGAACCCCUGCCUACAAACAAAAGGUGGCAUGCCUUGUUGCACCGUGCCUAUCCGUGAACCUUGAGAACUAUCAGCCUGAAGUGGCACAACGAGCAAGUGGCCUGGCCAAAGCCAUCUCUUCUGGACAGCUUCACACAAUUGCAGAUGUGGAGUUAAAAUUAGCGGCAAGUGUUGCCAACGGUGCACUUCGUCAUCAUCCUUUGGUUCAAGGUCUGUUGGUGGCCGCAGUGGAGCAAAGCCGGAGGUUGGACCGUGGUGCCAACUGCAUGAGGAACCUUCAGGUGAGCGAGGCUGAGCGUAACAUGAUGAUCGAGGCAGCAGUUGUCAUUUCACAAUCAGCUUCGUCCAAGGAUUUGCUCAAAACUUUCGGCAUUGCGUGUCUGGAUGAAAAGGUUCAAGCUUUCGAUCCAGGAUCCGCAUCUCUUCCAGACCCGUGGCUAGCAAACGACAACAUCACUGUGUUGGAGAACAACGCACGCAUGAUCCAGAAUGCCAUUCCAUUGCAGAAGGACUGGGUCACAAUAUGA